AUGAUAUAUGUUAUUUCCGAAUUUAGGCUUAGCCAGGGCGAAUCAAGCCUGCUGAAGCUAGCCAGCUGUGGUCUCAUAGCUUUUGUGCUCUGGCGCCUGUGGCGAUUCUCCAUCUCUCCCUUUUUCAAGCCCCCCUCACCGAAGGAGAUACCAUACUGGAUCCCAUUACCACCUAAUUCUGAAAAUAAUAGCAAAUACUGCAAUGGAAGCGGAGAGCCAGUGGCUAUCAACGUAUUUGGGCAGAAGAUAUACUUCAUCCUGUCCGAGCAGGAUGCCGCUGCGGUGCUGAGAGAACCGUCUCAACUGAAUCAUGCGGAGCACCUCAAGAACCUCCUCAUGGGCCUUGGUUGCUCGAAUAUAGGAAUCACGGAAAUGGAUCAAGAUUCGAGACCCAAGGCAACACCACUAGUCCUGGUAGCAGAGGACCUCAUGAGGAGGCAGCUCCUCGAGAAGGAUUUAAGCACUGAGCUGCUCGCUCGAACUCUGGAAGUUCUUGAGUCCAAUGUUAGCUGGAACGGAAUAGAAGCGCCGGCUCUUCUACGAACCUGUGAGCACAGGGAAGAGCAGACUGUCUCAUUAUGGAAUUUGGCGCAAACCGCGAUCAUCCGCGCGGUGACAACGUCCUGGUUCGGAAAUUCGAUUUGGAACCUUUCACCGUGUAUCGUUGAAGAUCUGGUGUGCCUGGAGAAAGACCUUUGGAAGCUGCUUUUCAAAUUACCACAGCCAUGCGGUAAAGAGGUUCGUGCUGCUAGGACAAGGAUAAAACGCUGCUUAGUGGAAUAUAUGCAUUUGCCUCCAGCGAGCCAGCAGGACCAGUGUUGGGCCGUUAAAAGCUCUGUUGAGGAGAUGAAGCGACGUGGACUGAGCGAAGACGACAUGGCUUCAUACCUACUGAUGAUUCUCUGGGGCGCCAACGCAAACAUCUUUAAGUUGUGCUUCUGGCUCCCCGCCCAAAUCUGCUCCGAUCAGGCAACUUUGACGGCGGUCGUGGCCGAAGUAGACACCAUUAUAUCGAAAAGUGACCAUGCUUCAGAAUCCCUCUCGGCCCUUUCGCUUCGUCUAGAGAAGAACGCUUUUCUCGACGCUCUUUACAACGAAACUCAGAGACUGGCUAUGAACUCCAGCUCUGCACGAACAGUCGAACAAGACCUAACUAUCAACGGCCGUUUAUUCAAAGCCGGCGCUCAUAUUCUCAUUCCGUACCGUCAACUCGCCAUGUCUCAUCCACUGCUUGGGCAGGACUGGGAUACCUUCCAGCCAGACCGGUUUCUCUCUAACCCUACCCUCGCUCAUAGUAAAAGCUUUCUGCCAUUUGGCGCGGGAAAGCACAAGUGUGUCGGGCGCUUGCUGAGCAAACGAUUAGCAUUGACUUUUACUGCAUUGAUGAUGCACCGUUUUGAAAUGAGGCCAUUGAGUGCAACUCCAGCUAUACAAUUCACGCCGGUAUCUUCGGGACCCGGAGGACCUGCAGAAGGAACUGACAUGCAGCUGGUUCUUUCACCUCGGAAUAUUCUAUCCAAAAAUGAGAAGACCUGUGUAAUAUAG